AUGUUCGAAACCCAACUAGAUACCUAGCUCUCUCUCUCUCUCUGCUUCCCAAGGUUCGAGAAAGUGCAGCAGAAUCGCUCCAACCUAUAAAGAACACCAACCCACCCUAAUCCUCAAAGUAAGAACCCCUCUAAAGAAGAAGAAGAAGAAGAAGAAGAAGAAGAAUUCUUGCCUUGGCCCAGUGCUCUCUUGCCCCUCAACCUCUCUUCUCUUCUCGCUAGUCCCAUGCAUACGCAUCAAAGAAAUCUAGCAAAAUUAGUAAUCUUCGUGUGAUUUGUCCUUCACCUGUACCCCAGUAAGUACCUACAAGCUAGGUAGGAAGAAGAGAAUAUAUGGGUGGCAGUGGUAGCAGUUGCUCUUUGUCUUUCAAGUUGUUGCUCGGGGGGGUCGCAACGGUGGUGUUUGUAAUGCUUUUGUUGGUUGGAGCCUUGGAAGGUGGAGCAACGUCCAAAAUGACAACCAGCAGGCUAAAUAGUGUUCAGGCUACUAAAAAUGACCUGAAAGAUGAUCAUGAAAAGGAUGUGAUAGGAAGAGAGAAGCUUGUUUACAAUUCGGAGUUGGAUCUCAACUACAUGAUGAGCAAGAGAAGAGUUCCUAACGGUCCAGAUCCUAUUCACAACAGGAGAGCUGGGAACUCCAAACGACCACCCGGACGAGCUUAGGCAUCUUAGCUUGAGAAGCUUCUGCAAGCAAAACGAUGAGGCAAGAUGUCUGCUGUGCGUCUUGCAUGUAUUCUUUAUAAAUGGGACUAUAAAAAUUCUCCUGGUCGUGAUGAAUUUGUUUGACAAUGCCAGCAUCAAGUCUUUUUAUUUAUUUAUUUUUACUUCCACAAAUUGUUUACGGGAGAGAUCUUUUGGGGGUUAAAGGAAAAGAAGCUUGUCACACAAACUAUGCUCGAAAGAAUCUAGGGAAAGAUAGAUUAGGUAGCCUCUACAAAAACUAUACUCUAGCGUUAAUUUUACAUGUUUUUGUUAAAAAAAAAAUGUCUAAUUAAAGUGUGAGAGAGAAGACGGGGAUGUAUAUCAAUCAUGAUUUGCUAGCUUGCUAGAGCAAAGAAGAAAGCAUAUGGAACAUGGAACAUAAUUCCAAAACCAAACUUAUCUUUUCGAGCAGCCAUGCAUGGAGAGAGGACAUGCACCGAUCUCUAUCAAUCAAUCCACCUUGGGCUCUUAUUUAUUCCAACUUUUUUGUUAAUAUAUAUUCAUGUUCUAAUUA